AUGGAAGAAGACGACACGUUUUCCAAGGUCAACCUCUACAACCUGUGUCUGGUAGACAAAAAAUGGCACCAAGCCGCGACCCCAAGUCUCUAUCACACCUUCGAGUCACGCUGGGACAGGAGCUUCUUCACCUUCCUACCAACGCUCAUCCAGCAUCCGAACCUAGCCAUCCAUGUCAAGUGCGUCUCUCUGAGUUUGGAUUAUCAAAACUGGCCCUGGGAGGAUACGAAGACCUUCAGAAAUGUCAUUAGAUCCAGAGCUCUUGCUCUAGGCUCCCCCUUUUCAGACCACCCGGCAUUAGUGGCCGACAAGAACUCAAAUCGUUUAAGCCGAGACUAUCAAUGUGUGUUGGGGGAAAUGCUCCUGUUUCAUACCCCAAACAUUGUGUCCAUAGACUUUGUCAAGGAAACGGAGGUGGAGAAAGUCUUCAAGUUCCUCGACACCGUCGCUUGUUGCUCUCAAAAGUGGCACGGCAUGAGGCGUCUCCGCCGUGUGAAGUUGGAUGUGCGCUUUGCUGAAGACAUCCCCGAGUCACAUUAUAUGGGCUAUCUCUCCAGACUUGCCGCGGUUGCUCCGAGCGUGCAGCAUCUUCACACAUAUCUGCUAGGUGAUUGUCGCCCACCACUCCUCGACUGGGCUCCUGUCACAGUCCAAUCGCAGGUCCCGACUCCUCCUCACAUGGUGACCUUCCUCAGCAGCCUCAGGUCUAUAAACAUCACCAACUCCACCGAUUCCAUCCCCUUUGAAAGGACACUCGGAGCGCACAUUAGCCACUGCAAGAGCAUUGAGGAGGUACGGUACCUCUCAGGCAACCGGGAUGUUGCAUCGUUCAUGCAGUUGAUGCGGCCCCUGUCUCGCACUAUCAAGCGACUGGGCUGCACUCAGUGGAAUGCCCAAGGCAACGAAACUAUCUGGGACCCUCUCCGCAACGACUCCGUGGCAGUGAUUGAGACUAUUGCGGGCUUGACGUCGCUCGAGGCCCUCCUCUUCGACUUGACCGGUCCAUCGGUGUUAUCUGAGCACGGGGACUCGGCCAGCACGAUUGUUCCGUUCAUGUGCGCCCUACCCAAGUCUUUGCGCGUUUUGGCCAUUGGCGGUUGCAACUGGGUAUGUCUCAAGCAGGGCCUCUCGCAACUCAUGGAUCGUGUCCACGACGGCAUGCUUCCAAACUUCCGCACCCUCCACGUGGGCUGCUAUAAUGAAAGUCAUCACCAUCCCUUCAUUGAGGCAUUUGCCGAGUUUGGCGUUAAAAUGAAGAUGCACGAGAACCUGUGGCUUUACGAGGACGCUUUAAGAAAAGUAUGGAUGCACAUGGGGGAAUAG